AUGGUCCUUCAAAGGAAAAGGCUGGCAGAUGGGCUAACAGUCACACAGAAGGUUUUUGUUCGUUCUCGCAAUGGUGGCGCAACGAAGAUUGUAAGGGAACAUUACUUACGACGCGAUAUUCCAUGUUUGUCAAAAGCGUGCAAGAAAUGUAUUAAUAUUGUGGUACCUGAUGCCAAGAAUGAAUUACCCACCUUUGUGCUGUCGGAAAAUCCAGCUAAACUUGCCAAUGGAAGUAGGCACUACGUGGUUUUGGACGCGAACAUCGUACUUCAAGCAAUUGAUUUAUUGGAAAAUCCAGCAUGUUUUUCGGAUGUUAUUAUUCCCCAAAUUGCGCUGGAUGAAAUUAGAAAUAAGUCUUACCCUAUUUACACCAGAUUGAGAACACUAUGCCGUGACAGUGAUGACACCAAGAGAGUUAUAGUUUUCCAUAAUGAGUUUAGUGAGGAAACAUUUGUCGAGAGACUGCAAGGCGAGUCCAUCAAUGACAGAAACGACAGAGCUAUAAGACGAACUUGCUCUUGGUAUGCUCAGCAUUUGAAGGAAUACGCGAUAAACGUUCUGCUGGUGACUAAUGAUCGCGGAAAUUUAGAACAUGCAAUCAAGGAAGGUUUGAAUGCCAAAAGCUUGGCCGACUAUGUCGAGCUCCUAUCCAAUUCUGAUGACAUUAAAGAUGCGCUUCCAAACUUGGAAACCUUUAGGUCUAAGGACAAAGACCUCGAGGCCAGGUCAGAAUUUAAAUUUCCAGAUUACUAUUCGACGGCUAGAAUUAUGGGUGGUAUAAAAAGUGGUGUACUGUAUCAAGGCUCGGUACAGAUUUCAGAAUAUAAUUUUCUGGAAGGGUCCGUCUCUUUACCAAAUUUCUCAAAACCUGUACUGAUACUGGGGCAAAAGAAUUUGAACAGAGCCUUCAAUGGAGAUCAAGUUGUUGUAGAGCUACUACCACAGGUAGAAUGGAAGGCACCAUCAACUGUUGUUCUGGAUUCCGAGCACUUUGACGUCAAUGAUAACCCUGAUGGCGACGAAGGUCAAACCGUUGAAGAAGAAACAAUUUCUGAUAAGCAGCGUCGUUUACUUGUUCAAGACGCUAUUCGUACACAAAAAUCCGGAAAAGUCCAACCAACAGCCAGGGUUGUAUCAAUUACAAGACGUUCGUGGAGACAGUAUGUGGGACAAAUAGCUCCAACUUCUAUUGACUUACAAAAUGGUGGCACUCAAAAUGCGUUCGUCGUCUUAAUGGACAAGUCUCUGCCAAAAAUCAGAAUCCGUACUAGGCGCGCUAAGGAACUUCUGGGUAAGCGUAUCGUUGUUACAGUCGAUUCAUGGCCUGACACAUACAAAUACCCCUUAGGGCACUUCGUCAGAGAGCUUGGUGAUGUUGAAUCGGUGGAAGCCGAGACCGAAGCUCUUUUACUCGAACACGAUGUUGAAUACAGACCUUUUUCCAAGAAAGUCUUGGAGUGUUUGCCUGCAGAUGGCGACGAGUGGAAGGCCCCUGAAGAUUUAUCGGACCCCGAAGCGAUUUCAAAAGAUCCACUUUUGCCAAAAAGACGUGAUCUUAGAGACAAAUUAAUCUGUAGUAUCGAUCCCCCUGGGUGUGUUGAUAUCGAUGAUGCGCUACAUGCCAAACAACUUCCUAAUGGCAACUGGGAAAUUGGUGUUCAUAUUGCCGACGUAACACAUUUCGUUAAAGCUAAUACUCCUCUUGACGCCGAGGGUGCUUCGAGAAGUACCUCUGUCUACUUGGUUGAUAAGCGUAUCGAUAUGCUGCCGAUGUUAUUGGGUACCAAUCUGUGCUCUCUGAAACCCUAUGUUGACAGAUUUGCGUUUUCUAUCCUAUGGGAGCUUGACGGGGACGCUAACAUUGUGAACGUUGAUUUCACCAAAUCAGUCAUCAAAUCGAGAGAGGCUUUCUCUUAUGAACGAGCACAACUUCGUAUUGAUGACCCUAAUCAAAAAGAUGAGUUGACAGAAGGCAUGAGAGCCCUGCUUCAGCUUUCAAUAAAGCUGAAACAAAAGCGUUUAGAUGCAGGUGCCUUAAACUUGGCUUCUCCUGAGGUUAAAGUACACAUGGACAGUGAAACUUCUGAUCCAGGCGAGGUUGAGAUUAAAAAACUCUUGGCCACAAACUCUUUGGUCGAAGAAUUCAUGUUGCUCGCAAACCAAUCAGUUGCUCGCAAGAUUUAUGAUGCUUUUCCCCAAACUGCGAUGCUGAGAAGACACGCCGCCCCGCCCGCUACAAACUUCGAGAUCUUAAACGAAAUGCUUCAAUUGAGAAAAGGAAUGUCGAUAUCUCUCGAGUCCUCAAAAGCUUUAGCGGCCUCUCUGGAUAGAUGUGUGGACCCUAACGAUCCUUAUUUCAACACGCUCGUGCGUAUUGCUUCCACUCGUUGCAUGAUGGCAGCUCAAUACUUUUAUUCCGGGGCAUAUUCCUACGCUGAUUACCGUCAUUAUGGGUUAGCUGUAGGCAUAUAUACACAUUUCACGUCUCCGAUCAGACGUUAUUGCGACGUCGUGGCGCAUAGACAGCUUGCCGCAGCUAUUGGUUAUGAACCGCUGGACUUAAGUCACAGAGACAAAAGUAAAAUGGAGUUUAUGUGCAGAAACAUGAACAAAAAACAUAGAAAUGCGCAAUUUGCAGGGCGAGCCAGCAUUGAAUAUUACGUUGGCCAAGUGAUGAGAAACAAUGAAUCUGAAGAAAUUGGUUAUGUUAUAAGAGUUUUCCACAACGGCAUAGUUGUUCUGGUUCCAAAAUUCGGGGUGGAAGGUUUAAUAAGACUAGAGAACCUGACCGAUGAUGAACAGUCUGCAGAAUUUAGAGCAGAGGAAUUUAAACUAAGUUUCAAGCAAGGAGCCUCGAAGGAAAUGAAAGAUAUCUACAUUUUCGACAAGGUGAAUGUCCAAGUCAAAUCUAUCCUGGAUCCAGUAACGAGUAAACGUAAGGCACAGCUUUUACUUAAAUAG